CACACACGACCCGAUUUUUUACAUACGCGUUGUAGAUCGAAGUAGAGUCGUCUUCUCUUUCACCCCUGGAGUGGGUACAUUCAUUCAUACAUCUCACCCACCAUGCAAAAGUACAAGUUAACUGGCUAUAUUUCGGAAGGCCGCUUCGGAUCCGUAUCGAAGGCGUGUCUCCGCGAUGGACCUGAUCAUGAGCUUGUUGCUAUUAUUAUGGCAAGUAUGGUUGUGCGGAGUAUUGCUACUGAUCCGUCCUUUUCUGCUUAUGCUCAUUGUGCUCAAGCGUUUAAAUAAGUACCGAAAGGGGCAGCUAGAGGUAAUCUUCGAGAUUAGAACGCUUCGGCACGAUGGACUAAAUCUUAACCUGGAAAAGGUGUUACCAUUUAUUCAUCUGUUAACAAGAACUCCUCUAACAGCAAAGAAGUUUAUUUCCGAGAAGCUGGCAGAAGACUUGCUGCAGGUGGCCAGAUCGUGAUGGAAGAGUGUGAUGCCUGGACUAAGUCGAUAAUUCGAGAACUUCAAUUUUUCUACGCGGAAGAAAAUCCUGGGGAAACUUGGAAGCAGUUGGGCUUUGCAGGAAACGAUGGUUAUAGUGGAGGUGCUGGAGGAGGAUCGAUUGGAGGCAUCGACACUGCUGCUACGGGAUUGCUCGGAGAUGCUGCUGGGUUGUUUUGUGAUGCGGAGACGAAACAGGUAGAAGGCGAUUUACAUUGAUUGAAGUGUGGGAUCAUCUUUGUACAAGUAUUAGCAAGUAGAUCUCUUCUGUACACAAAAUGCAGUCAAUCGACGCAGAAAGAGGUGUCCUCCUAAUUUGUUCAUUUUCAGACAAGAACAGCAAUUAACUCGAUUUUGGUAGGUUCUCGUCGAAGGAGCUCGACACGAACUCGCGUCUUUGUCCCUAGAGGAGUACUUAUUGGGAUCCGCGUGCAGUCCUUCGUCUCCAAAUGGUCAGCAUACCCGUGACGACUUAGGAUUCGACACUUUUGACACCUCUAGUCCGUCUUCUGGUACCACUGGCCCUGGCGGACGAACAAGAGGUGGGGGAGGAAAUAGUAGUAAAAGAAAAACUCCGACAAAUCCAGUAGUUUCUUGUGGUGCUGGCGCUACUGUUGAUAAGGUGUUUUUCUCUUGUUCCGCUUCCAGUAGAGGAGAACAACUGCGGUCGAGACAAUACUUAUGACUUGUGAAGUCUUACAACUAGUGCUAGUAGGAGCAUACAUCUCAAAGUUAGUACUUACAGGAAAACUUCUUCCGCGGACCCUAUUUAUUCUAACAUCCGUCCAUCCGAACAUCAUCCGUUUGAUCGACCACUUUCGAUCGGACACGCAACCUUGCCAUUGUUUAGUCUACGAGUACUGUGAAGCUGACUUGGGGAAAGUCUCUGGACUCUCGGAACUGCAGGUGAAAAGGUUGACGUUGCAACUUUUGUUAUGGGGAGAACUUUGGAGUUAGAAGUGAGUGCAGACUUCACCACAUCCUCUUCACCACGAAGCUUUGAGUGUUUAGCGUGUGUCAGCUCUUCCUCUUUUUAUCACAUCGAAGUGAUAAGCUGUCAGGCAACAACUAAGAAAGUUUAAGUUGCACUUUGUUAUGGAGAGAACUUAGAAGUGAGUGCAGAUUUCACCACAUCCUCUUCACCACGAAGCUUUGUCUUCUUCACCCUCUAACACUCACCGGCUUGCAAGAAUUACACGUAAACCGGAAGGUCAUGCACCGGGACCUGAAGCCAGGAAAUCUGCUUCUCCAUAGAGAUGGUCUUCUGAAGAUCGCGGAUUUCGGUAGCGCUUGCCGCAUACCAAAUACUUCGGCACCUGCUGUUGCGGCGACUGGUACAAUGGCGACUGGUGGAGUAGGAGGAGGUAGCACUGGUGGAGUAGGAGGACUCUCAGGAGGACUCUCUUCCUCAAAGGUUGCCGAUGAAAUACUCAAGAAUGCACAACAGCAUAGUAGUGCUCUAGGUUCUACUCCUCUGUGUUUGAUAGGGGAUCAUGAGCUAGAAGCCACCACGAAGAAUGAACAGAGUAGUCCGACCAAAAGCACUCCUGGAGGACCAAGUUCUGCGUCGGCGUUGGACGAAGUGGCUCCCCUGUCCUGCAGCACAUCAUCUGACGAUGGGUGCGAUGUUCCCGGUUAUGACGCUCGCACAGGACUUGCUGUGAAUCAUGGUAGAAAAGCAGAACAGGCGAAUCCUGCUGUGGAUAAUCUGAUGCUCACACGUGAAAUUUGUACUCGGUGGUACAAGUCAGUGGAGCUUUUGUAUGGGUCGUUCUUAAGGCACAAGUAGACAAUAAAAGCUACAGAAGAUGAGCAGGCACAAUGACAUGACACGUGUGAACUAUGAUCGAAAAUGCUACAGAACGAACCUAGGAGUUUUCCUACGUAUUCAGAGUCAAUGAAUUUGAUUAAGAACUACAGCCGAUGUGAUGGUCUUUCUUUUUUCUAGUUAGGUCGGCUCCACCACAAUUAAGAACUACAGCCGAUGUGAUGUUUAGCUUUAAGAACAGCAGAUGUGUUUAGCUUUAAGAACAGCCGAGGAGUGUUAAGAUCAGCCAAUGAACUGUAAGAACGUUCAAACACAUGCGACGGAAACACAAGCCCGCUUCUCCCAUUCCACUUCUAACUCCCACCUACGACGAAAAAAUCGACAUUUGGGCAGUUGGGUGCAUCGUUUUCGAGCUGCUCAAUGACAGACCGUUGUUUAACGGCGAUUGCGAUAUCGAACAAUUGGGCAAGAUAUUCCACUCUUUGGGCACCGUAGACACAACAGAGUGGCCAGGCGUGCGGGAUUUACCUGAUUGGAACAAAAUCCAGUUCUGGGACAUCGAUCCACCACCAAAUCAGUAUAUUUAUGAAAGGAGGUUGUUACUACUGCUGGUGUGUCCUGUUUUUGUUUAUGUAAUGGAACUUUCGCACGUAAAGAGGAUCCACAUUACAUGGCAUCUACUCCGUAGUGAGUACAACACUGUCUACACCUUACAACUCCGUAGUGAGUACAACACUGUCUACAACAUCUUACACGCCACUUGCUAACCCUCGCAAUCCAAACCCUUCUGCGAAACCUCCGGGAUCGUGCGUCACUGCAUCCGCUUGAAUCCAGCAAAAAGAGCAGACGUUGGCAACCUCCUUCUGGACCCUUGGUUUGCAGGUGCGGUGACCGAGGAUUUCCGCAAGGACGUAAUACAGAUCAUCCGAUCUACAACAGCAAAGAGGUCGAAGGAGGUCAUCCCAGUGAAAAAGAUUCCUCAAAACGACAAAAUGAGUCGACAUGUCCCAGAAACUUUGCAGCUGUCGCCAGGCGAGUUCGAUAACCUGUUUUCACCGUUGUCGUCAAGUGGAGGUGGGAUGCAUGGUCUGGAUGUGGAUAAGCCAUUCGAAGAUGACGUGGGAGAAACGGGUCGUGGAUACUAUGUGGAGUUAUGGUUGUCGUAGGCUUUGUCAAACACCAGGUCGUGGAUACUAUGUGGAGUUAUGGCUGUCGUAGGCCCACAUGUGGAGUUACAAAAUUUCUAAUUCCCCACAUGCAUCUUGUUGAAAAUCAUGGUAUCGGCAGUGAGGACGGCGUUGGCAUUAGCGGCGCUGACAAUGACCAAAAUAGCGGUGUUGACUACGACACAGAAGGAGAAGACGAUGAAGAAAUCACGACACCGAGUUUCCUACCUGGUCAAGCGUUGUACAAUCUGGCUCAAUUGAAGAAGUCGUCGGUGCCUAGGGAAGUAGGGUCACCGCAUAUGAACACGAAAAGCUUGAAUGCUUCACAAUUCAAGCUGCCUCUUGCAUUAGGCGGAAGUGGUUCAGCGAAGAAUACUCGAACGAUGAAUUCUAGUAGUACUACUGGCGGAACAGGAGCUGCUCGGGGGAUGGGAGGAAGUACAACUAGGGACAGAGUUUCUGGUAGCCAAUCUCUAUCUGGUGAUGCGGAUGCGGGCGUAGGUGUACUAAGUGUAUCACCUGCGUCCUCUACUCUGUCGCAGAUCAAGCCUAAUCCUACGGGAAGAUCACCUGGUGGGAUAGAGAGGGAGACUGACCCUGACGGUGGAGACGCGGGGCAGACUGAAGACGUCAGUCCACCCCCCUCUGAUGCCUCUCCUUCGUUUUUCUCUAGUAUCUCCGGUACAUUUGGGAAGAUGCGGAUCGCUGGUACUGGUAAUGCACGUGCUCUACGAGCAAAGGAUGUGCAUGAUGUGCCUAGGAGGUGAAGAUAGCACUUAGGGUUAGAGUUGGACGUCAUUGAUAGGGUUUUGGAUUUUUUUCCCUCUGCAACGCAGAAAACGAGUACUGGGGAGACGUCAUGAUACUGAUUUUCUAUUUCUCCGACGCGCAAGCAAGUACACGACGCAAUUGCAGCUGAUGAUCAUAGAAGCUCAAUUAGAUUCUAAGAAAAGCAAUUUAUAUAAUGAGAUCAGC